AUGACUCAAUGGGACACACACCAGCCGAUGGUUGCGGGCAAUACCACUUUCCGCACCGCUUCCUAUUACAUCUCAAUGUCUGAUCAUUCCGGCACGCAUGUUGAUGCUCCAAAACAUUUUGACCCAACUCCUGGUGCCCUUUCUGUGGAUCAAAUGCCCUUGAACGAGUUUUAUACCGAGGGAAUUUGCCUAGAUCUCAGCCAUGCGGAGCUCGGCGCAUCUAUUGGCGUUGAGGAAAUGGAGUCCGCCCUCCUUACUUCUAAACAAGAGAUAAAGCAAGAUGACACAGUAUUACUGUAUAUGGCAUACAACGAAAGGGUCUCCCCGGAGGACCCCCGAUGGCAGCAUGAUUUCCCCGGCCUAGCGCCAGAAUCAGUGCAUUGGCUUGCUGACAGAGGUUGCAAAAUCUUUGGCGUUGAGGCUGUUUCGCCUGCACCUGAAGGUGAAUUGAACUUCAUCGCGCACAAUAUCUGUGGGGAGAGAGGCAUUACCCAUAUUGAGGGACUCGACAAUCUACAAUCUCUUCUUGGGCGUGGAAGAUUUCGAUUUAUUGGUUUCCCGUUAAAGCUCAUGGGCGCUAGUGGAAGUCCUAUUAGGGCCGUGGCUGUAUUUGAAAAGUGA